AAGCAAUUCCCCGGGAUCGCGGGACCUUUGGGGCUCUUGAGAAGCCAGCCUGCCCUUGAGUUCUCUCGGACUUAUUUCCAGGACCAAUUCUCUCACCAAGAAUAAAAAAUGCAGGCAUCCACAAGUUCUGAGCAAGCUCCGGGGGAGAAAAUGGAGGAAGGAGCAAGAGAUGUUCUCCGUGCGGACGGUGUUGGAAAAAUUCCAUCCAACGUGGAUGCCCUGCAGAUUAAAAGAGAGCCAGUUGAGCAAUUGGAUUCAGAGGUUCCAUGGCAUAAUACCCGGAAAGGAACUCAUUCCAAAGAAAGCCAACCUCAGCUGCCUGGAUCCGAAGAGCGGGCUGACCAUAAUUCUUCUAUCACGUUGUCAGAAGCCACGUCUCAUGCCAACCCAGAGCACAGAGGAAUAGUUGCAUCGGAAGUCCUGACAGGCUUUAGUAGGAAAGCUCAUGCCAUCCAAAGCUUGGAUUGUCCUCUGAAAGCUGGAGAGGAAGUACUGGAGAAAGACAAGAUCAGUUUGGAGAGUCUGUGCCGGCGAUUCAAGCAGUUUCGCUACGAGGAGGCUGAGGGGCCACGAGAAACAUUUGGACACCUCCAGGAUCUGGGCCAUCGAUGGAUGAAGCCUGAGAGUCACACCAAGGAGCGGAUUGUAGAGCUGGUGAUUCUGGAACAGUUUCUGACCAUUCUGCCACCAGAGAUGCAAAACUGGGUUAGGGAAGACAAGCCAGAGACUUGUCUUCAAGCGGUGGCCCUAGCAGAAGAUUUCUUGCUGUGGAAAGAAGCAUCUGAAAGGCAAGAAGAGCAGACCAAUUUCAUCAAAAUGAAACAGCGUUUGUUGGAAACAGGAAAGGAGGCACCUGAGCAAAGGGCAGAUCAUCAGAUCCACUUGUCUGAAAUGGUUGAAAACAAGAGGAAGAGAUUUAUGAAAGGAAUUUCUCACCUGAUGACACUUACUGGAGUUCCAUUUGAUAAAGCCACGCGAGAACUUUUCUCCUUGUCCCCGAUGGGACACAUGACAAAAUAUCAUCAAGAGACAGAGAGGAAUGAAGGGAGGCCCUUAGGACAAGGAGGAGCAGAAAAACAUACCUGUGAGAAAGAGGACGACAAAAUCUUCCGUCAAAACAUCUGGGAAAAACCUCCCAGAGAGGAUGCUUGUGAUCUUCCUACGUACCAGAAAAUGGAAGCUGAAAAAGUGCCAUCCCAACGUAAUGACGGUGGUAAAAGCUGGGACUCCAUUUUUGAGAAGAACAAACAAAUGAGAAUAGAAUCGACCAUGGAUGGUCAGGUUGGGUUCCAUCAAAAGGUUCCUCAAAGCAAUCUUCAGAGGAUCCCUGUUGGAGACAAACCGUACAAAUGUUCCAGAUGUGGGCACAAUUCCAGACAGACCUUAAUUCUGAGGGGAGGAAGUCUUCGUAUGUGUUUGAAUUGUGGUAAAAGCUUUCUUUGUAGUUCAGCCCCAGGAAAGCAAGAGAAUGCAUAUGGUGAAAAGAAUCCAUCCCAACAUACAGAAUGUGAGAAGAGGACUCCACAGCCUCCUGACCUUCAGAUAGGAGAGAAACCGUACGCGUGCACGGACUGUGGGAAAAACUUCAGCUUUAAGUCAAGCCUCGUCCGCCAUCAAAGGCUCCAUACCGGAGAGAAACCAUACAAAUGUUUAGACUGCGGGAAGAAUUUCAGCCAGAGUUCAAACCUUCUGAACCAUCAGAGAAUCCACACUGGGGAGAAACCGUACAGCUGCCCAGACUGUGGGAAAUCCUUCAGCAACAGUUCAAGCCUGACAUCCCACGAGAGAACUCACAGAGGGGAGAAACCGUAUAAGUGUGCCAGCUGCGGGAAAUUUUUUAGUUGCAGCUCGGUUCUCCGUAUCCACGAGAGGAUUCACACAGGGGAAAAGCCCUACUUGUGUUUGGUGUGCGGGAAAAGCUUUAGCCGGAGAGAAUUCCUGGUCGGCCACCAAAGAACUCACACGGGGGAGAAACCGUACGAAUGUGCAGAAUGUGGGAGGAGCUUCAGUCAGCGAUCCAACCUGAUUAAUCAUCAAAGAAGCCACACGGGGGAGAAGCCCUUUGAGUGCUUGGAUUGCAGGAAAAAGUUCAGUCACAAAGCCUCCCUCUUGAAACACGAGAGAAACCAAGCGCAUGGGCCAGCCGUGGGAAAGGAUUUAGCCAGGGUCAAUGCGAUCAUUGUGGUGGAACACAACCAGGCAGUGUAGCAUAAAUAUGGGGUGGAUCUCCCCAAGGGUUGCCAACAAGCAAAAAAUCCACAUAGGAAUGACCACAAGUUUUUGUUAAGAACUGUCUUCCUUUGAAUCUAACCAUCUUUUCGGCCUAAAAUAAGAUAGAAGGAGCAAUUCAUAGAGUUGAAGCCACGAGGAAGAGAAU